GACAGUCAGACAGGAGGGAGAAAGGAGCAGAGGGAGAAAUCCCCAGAGACGGGCAGACGGAGGGAGAGAGAGAGAGAGGGAGGAGGAGGAGAGAGGAACUGCCAGGACCAGACGGACGUCCCCUGGCAGUUUAGUCGCCGGUCACGGGACGGAAAAGACGGAUGAACUGACUCAACCCGAACCGGACGAUGAAACUAUCAGAAGUCCCCCAUUUUCGACUCUAUUCCGCGGCGGACAGAUGAACGACAGACACGUUCGCAGAAAAAUAUCCGUUUGAGGAAGGGGAGAAACCAGAGACGAGGAGGAGGAGAGAACCGAGACGAGGGGAGGACGGGCGGACCGCAGAGCGGGACCAGGAGAGGAGGCUGGGGAGAAGCGAGCAAACGGGAGACUGAGAGGGGGGCGAGGUGACGUUGCUUUCGGUCUCCUUCUCCCUCUCCCCGAGCUGAGCCCCGCGCGCCUCCCGUGGAGCGUUCAUGUCUGCUUUCGGGGCCCCGUAAAUGUUGAACUUGAUGGGUGUUUUAAACGCCACCGCCGCCAAUGUCUCCUGUACUUGUAACUGCAAGCGCCUCACUUCCCAGCAGAGCAUGGAAAUCACCCAGCUGGAGUUUGUCCAGAUCUUGGUGAUCGUGGUUGUCAUGAUGGUGAUGGUGGUGGUCAUCACCUGUCUGCUGAACCACUACCGCUUAUCGGCACGCUCCAUCCUUUCCAGACAUGCCCCCACACGCAGGAGACACUUGCCAUUGGCCAACGAGGGAAACAUGUGGUCCUCCGAGAGCCCGACACCAAACAGUGGCCUGAGUGAGCCCCAGGUAUAUAACCCCAGACCACCUGACCGGGGCGUCCCAUCCUACCUGCAGCGGGACCCACAGCACAACCAGUCCCAGCCUUCUCUCCAGUCCCAGCGCUUCCAUCACACUUAUGCGCCCACUCGGUUCCAACCUACCUACCCCUACCUGCCCCAAAGCCUCAUUGAUCUGCCCCCGACCAUCUCCCUCUCAGAUGGCGAGGAGCCGCCCCCAUACCAGGGGCCCUGCACACUACAGCUCAGAGACCCCGAACAGCAGAUGGAACUAAACCGCGAGUCGGUCAGAGCGCCACCCAACCGAACUGUGUUUGAUUCCCACCCCUUGGACCCAUCCAACGCCUGUCUGCAAGCCAGCCUGCAGGCCCCGCCUCCAAGCGUCCAUUCGGGCAUCAGCGUGUUAGAGGCCCAGGAGGCCUUGUCCCGGCAGCAGAAGCAGGGUUCGCGGGCCGAAGGCGCUCCUCCGACUUACAGCGAGGUGAUUGGGAACUACUACCAGCCGACCUCGCUGACGUCCACCCACAACCAUCGGACUGUGCCGUCCUCACAAGCACCGCCGUCCUCGCUCAUACACGGUCUCCUCCGGCCCCCUCCUCAACAUCAAGGGAGCACGGACAACAGGAACACAAGGAAUGCAAAGGAGAAAUCCCAGAAGCCUCAGCAGGUGUGACCAUUCAGCGUUGCCAUUUUCCGUCAGCAACACAGGCUUUUUCAGCUUUCCACGCUGGUGAUCAUCAGUGGGAAACGAGGCCCAAAUGGUUGAAAAACUGGAUAACGUUUGGAGCUCCGGCUGACCAAUGAAGACACCUUUCAGCCUGAUCGCACCGGCAGAGCACUGUCCCGGCACAUCUGCUACUUCUGCCACUUCCUGAAUGAGGAGCACUUGGGACGAACUUGGGAUGUCAGAAAAGAGG